AUGUUGCCCGACCUUAUUUCUUCCACCGAGACCACGACAGGUUUUGCUUUGCAAGCUACACACCCUGGAGCCCCCUUCGCUGCAGCAGGGACCCCGGCCCGGGAAUCUCGGCCGCUGCCGGGGCUCGAGGGUCCGCAGAGCCAAAAAGGGCAACGCUCGCCCGCAAGAUGGGGAAUAGGGCUGGGCGAGGGGGUGCGCGGCCGGCGGAGGGCGGCCGUCCGCCUCCUUCCCGUCCGGGGCGCCGGGGGUGACGACUGCGGCCGAGCACUUCCGGGUCCGCCACAACCUCCGCGGCAAGAGCGCCCUGCCCAGGCCGGAGGCAUCGUGCGGUCGCUGCUGCCCCCUUCUGGUUGCUCAGAGGACCUCCGAGCUCCUCUUCCCGGAGACCUGCCCCAAGAGGAGAGCAAAUCCCCAGCAGAAAGACAAGGGGCUUCUGUUCCAAAAUUUGACAAGGUUCCUUGGCUUAGCGAAGCCAGCCUCGUAAACAAGCCACUAGUGCUCAGCAUCCCCAAAAGAUCUCUUCACUCGUCCGCCACCUUUCCGACUCCAUCCAAGAGGGGUGUGAAACUGCCAAUUUUGUUUCAAGUUCCAGAUGUCUUAUCUCAGGCCAGAAGGAACCAGAGUGACUCCAUACUGCUCAGAAACAAGCAGCUGUGCUCCACAUGUCGAGAAAUAAAUACAGUACAACCAAGAACUAUGAUAAUCCCAGAUGGUCUGAAACUAUCCUUUGAGAAUUUUAUGAGUCGUAGGUAAAGUCUUCACCAACCCAAAGCCCGGACUGUACCUAAACCUUCCCAUGAAGACAUCUCAAAAGACAGCGUUCACUACAGACUGCCCCUUCUGGGCCCCAGGACAGCUGCCUUCCAUGGACUGCUGACAGAUGCCUACAACACUUUGCAGGCGACGCAACCUUCUGCCUUGCCCAAAAAGGAACCAAUGGGCAAGACAACGAGGAAGUGA